AUGCUGCCUCGACGCACAAGUCGUUCCUUGUCUACUGUAGUAAAGGAUGAAGUACACAAGUUUAAUGCUGUUUCAUCGGACUGGUGGGCUCCAAAGAGCUUGUCAGGCAUGGGACCUCUGCAUCAGAUGAAUCCUGUGCGUGUCCAGUAUAUUCGUAAUCAUGUCAUUGAUCAUUAUGGACAAUCAACAGAUAAUGAUCCAUAUCCACUUCAUGGACUACGGGUGGCUGAUAUUGGCUGUGGUGGAGGUAUUCUGUCCGAAGCGUUGUGUCGCAUUGGCGGCACAGUGGUGGCUGUUGACCCUGGAGAGGAUAACAUUACUGCUGCUAAGAAACAUGCAGCAAUUUGUCGCCAUACGAGCAGCAUUGACUACCGUCUCUCUACAUCUGAUGAACUGGUAGCACAAGGAGAGAAGUUUGAUGUCGUGUGCUCAUUGGAAGUCAUUGAACACGUAUCUAACGUGCCUGCAUUUUUGCACUCACUCACUCCGUUGGUAAAGCCGGGUGGUCUACUGUUUCUCUCAUCUAUCAAUCGAACUUUUCUUUCGGCUGCACUUGCUAUUGGAGCUGCGGAAUAUGUGAUGCGAAUCAUUCCAGCAGGCACACAUGACUGGAACAAGUUUGUCCAGCCUGGUGAAAUUGAGGUCGAGUUAAGAAAAGAUGGGCUUACUUUGAAAGAUGUGUCGGGUAUUGUGGGUAAUCCGAUUUUCCGACGCUGGCAAAUCCAUCCGACGUGGACCGAUGUCAACUACAUUAUGUGCGCAUCAAUGUCUCAAGAGCAUUAA